AUGGAUAACGAAGCAGGAUUGGAUUUACAAGAUUGGUCUGUACGUGAGCGUUCUUACAAAAAGUCUCCAAUAUCCAUGAUUAAGGAAAUUGCGGAGAAAAUCAAUAUUCCUUGUCAGUAUGAACUCUUAGACAAUUACGAUCUAACACCAAACAAUGUAUUUAAGUAUAGAUUAACUUUAGGUGACUAUCAAACUGUAGCUGAUGGACCAUCUAAAAAGAGUGCUAAACAUCAAGUAGCAUUAAAUAUGAUUAAACAAAUUAAGAAACAUAAUCCAAUUUUAUCUGGAACUGAAUUCAAUCAAAUUGAUUUUGGAAACCAAGUUGAUGAUUGUAAUAAAAUCGAUGCAAACUGUGUUGAUCGUUUGGCCAAAGCAUGUACCAUUAAGAAUCUUGUAGAACCAGUUUAUAAGCAAGUAUGCGAAGAUGCAGUAAAACAAGAAGCUCAAAUGAUUGAUAUAGCAACUUGCAAGACCAAAACAGAGGACGAAAAUUUAACGGCUCAUCAAAUGUUGGGAAAAUUAGAGUCCAUGGAAUUUCAUAGAUCAAUGACUCCUGAACAAGAAAACAAUGACCCAAUAAAGAAUUUGGAGGAUAUUGAAAUUGAUAAAAAUCAAGGAAAACAAUCAAUUAAUGCAGUAAUAACAGAGAAA